CUUGAAAUCCAAUUCCUCUGCUCUUUCCACUUGUCCGUGAGGGCCAAGCGACGAUAUGCUUCGACACUCACCCAGAAUGAUGACUACAACAAUACCUCCUAAGCCACCCAAAUACUUCCGUCGCCAUGGAUUCGCAACCGCAACCACAACAGCAGCAGCUGCCACCACCGCCCUCUCCGUCCCCUCGCCCUCCUCACCUUAUUACCGACACCGAUAAUCUUGCUUUCCCCGCCGUUCCCUCUAGAACCGCCAACAGUACUCCGAUAUCUUCUCCGGGCCUGUUCAGUCCUACGGGUACUCGACCUAAUGUCUUCUUGCCGCAUUCCGCCUCCGAUGUCUCUACGCCAGCGGUCACUAUGGCCAGUCCCUAUCUGCACCCAUUGCAGAACCAUAGAGUCCGAGAGACGCACAAGGCCCUUGUUGACAUGGAUCUUAUGACGGGACGCAAAAUAAUCAAUCAGUACGAAGUAAUUGAAGAGCUUGGUCGUGGUGUGCACGGCAAGGUCAAACUAGCUCGGAACCUAGAGAAUGGCGAGAACGUCGCGAUCAAGAUCAUACCCAGAUUCUCUAAGAAACGCCGCCUGGGUAAGGUCACCGCAUCUCCACAAGACAAAACUAAGAGAGAGAUCGCCAUCUUAAAAAAGAUACGCCACCCCAAUGUCGUCGCACUUCUCGAAAUCAUAGACGACCCGGAGUUCAAGAAGAUCUACAUGGUCUUAGAACAUGUCGAAUUAGGAGAGGUCAUCUGGAGGAAGAAGGGUUUGCCCUAUAUCUGUAGCAUUGAGAGGAGAAGGAUCGAGAAAGAGAUGCGUGGGGAACUAAGCACCGAGGAGGAAGAGCGUUAUAUUCAGCUUCUUGAACGGCGCCAGGCUCUUAAUGAUAUGAAGAGGGCGAAGAUGCAGCAGACUCAGAAGGGCCCGGACGACUUUUGGAGUAUCGAAUACGGUGCCGCAAAUGACGAUGACUCGGACGUUCACUCGCGCUCCUUAGGGAGAAGUGCAAGUGGAUUCCUUCAGUCUGGUCGAGUGGCGUCGUUGAUUUCAAGAGCUGGGUCGAGAGCUACGUCUCCAGCUCGUUCACACGCCCAAUCUGCUCCGUCGGGUUCCAGAGCCAGCACUCCUCUCCCCUCAGAAUACGACGUCUCCUCAGUUGGUAUGGAUGGCGAAAGCGACAUAGAGACUCCUGGCCCCCUGCGCUCUCACCCUGGGUCGUCCUCUGCUUUGGACAGAACAGUUACUAGUGUUUUCCCCGAGGAUGCUAUGUUCCGAGGUCGAUCGCCGAGUAUGGCCGACUCCAUCAUCUCCCAUAUGUCGUCGGUCGAUUACAAUCCACAACCCCACGACCCCUUUGCCGACGACUUCUCCUACGUUCCUUGCUUCACUAUCGAAGAUGCUCGUGCCACAUUCCGGGACACCGUGCUCGGUUUAGAGUACCUGCACUAUGAAGGCGUGGUUCAUCGUGAUAUUAAGCCUGCUAAUCUCUUAUGGACUAGAGAUCACCGAGUCAAAAUCUCCGACUUUGGAGUUUCUUAUUUCGGCCGGCCUAUUCGCGAGGGCGAACAAGAUGAGCUUGUCUCUGAGUCCGAGGCUCGUGAUUUUGAUGAUGAUCUCGAGUUGGCCAAGACUGUUGGCACGCCGGCUUUCUUUGCACCAGAAUUGUGCUACACGGAUCUAAGCUUCGAGCAACCGAAGAUCUCGGAGCAAAUUGACGUUUGGUCUCUAGGAGUAACGCUUUAUUGUUUGAUCUUUGCUAGGAUCCCGUUCAUGGCCGAAGACGAAUGGCAGAUGUUCCAGAAGAUUGCCAAGGAAGACGUGUACAUACCACGCCGCCGACUCAGACCCGUUGACCCACAACAUUCACCGCAAUCGACCUCGCUAUACAAACGCAUCAACAGCGAACCGUACCGAGACGAUAGCGUCCUUGCGUAUGAGGAAAUCGACGAUUUGCUUUACGACCUCCUACGCCGCAUGUUGACUAAGAAUCCCGAAAAACGAAUACGGCUAAGAGAGGUGAAGCGUCACCCGUGGGUUGUUCAAGGGAUUCCUAACCUCAUCGCAUGGAUUGACGAAACAGACCCUUCGCGCCGUACUUCUGGCCGCAAGAUCGAAGUUGACGAACGCGAGAUUACUCGUGCUGUCGUGCCUCUCACUUUCCUCGAGAGGGCUCGAUCGGUCGUAAAGAAAACAAUCGGAAAAGUGAUGCACCCACGUACUGAUAGGGUGGAAGGCACGUCGAGAAGAAGGGCUACUAGCAGCGCUGCCAGCUCCGCGGGAGAUACACCUCCAAGCAUAGCACCACCGCCUUAUUUGCGAGAAGCUCGCCGAAAAAGUUUACGGCCUGACGACUAUUUUGCUACUGUCAGAGAGAGUGACCAUCCCCUAUCACAAAGUGUUACCGCAACUCCUCAGGAGUCACCUGUCCACGACAGGCCAGAUUCCGCCCAACAGCGUGGCUCGACCUUGGUAGGCGGAGAUUUUAGACGUAACGCGACCUGCUCUGUCGGCGAUUUUAACACGCAAUCAGAUCUGGCAGGACCGUCGUCGGCAUCGGCAUCGUUAUCAUCGAUCAGGGGACAUUUAGGUUACCGUCACGGUCGAACAAGAUCAAUCACCAACGCAAUACUCGCUCACGCCCCCCAGAAAGAGUGGCAGACAACUCCGAACACACCUGCGCUCGAAACUUGCAUCAGAGAUGACCCGAUUUCCUCCUUGCGAAAGGCUAGAGAUAUAGAAUCUACCGACGAAUCAUCCCGUUCGAGAUCAGUUGAUCGCGGACUAUUCGGCAAUAGUGAUAAACGCGCCGAAGCGAAAGUCGCUCUCAGCACAGCUGUAGCCCCGGGGAAUGUAGAAUUUUCCAAACACCCAUUCUCAGCUCAUCAUCCAGACACAGUAUCCCAUGCUCUCCAAGAGGCUGCAGCUCUACCUUCUCCUAUGUUCUUCUCUCCUCGGGCAGUUCGUACUUAUCAACACCGCCAACCAAAUUCAGAUCCGAAUAUGCACGAGACUCAUUUAGGCGCUGUCGAAGUUGAUCAACGACCUAGGACAGCUCACCGAGCUAUACAGAUAGAAACUCGAACUCCGCCACCAAGAUUAUACAACUCCUCUACGCCAGAAUCAUUUGCGCGAGCACACGAACAGAUGAUCCGUAGGCAGCAGCGGGAAGACGAUGAACAAGCAAAACGCGAAAGGCUAUUUGCAUCUCAUCGCAGAAAAAACAGUUCCGCGUAUAUACACUGUCCUCCCUCGCCCGAUGACGACCUUUCCUUAGACCAUCCCCAAUCGUUAUCGAGGGGGGAUCCUGGUACAGCCGGCACGUCGGCUUCGGCAUCUACAGGCACCAUCAUGACUCCGCUGACUAGCCCAAGUGAAUCAACGAGUCCUAUUGGUCUCGGAACUAUGGCAGAUCAAGGCGAAGAUUCGCAGAUUUUUCGCUCGGAUCCAUCGUUACCAGCGUUGCUUAGCGGCGCCAGCUCAAUUUCGGCUGAUGCCGAAGGAGAAUUUCUUCUAAAACCAGGCUCUUUUGAUCGGCAUUCCCUUAUCGACACAACCGAUUCUUUAACCCCACCAGCUCUCACCAAGGAACCUAUUUCUGGUUUUCCCCUUGAAGAGGACGACCAGUAUCAAACAUUGCUAUUACCUCAGCCGCAACGCGCCUUAACUGCGGCAUCCCUUUUAAGCACAAGAGCCGUAGAGGAUGACGAUGGAAGCGACAGCGACGAGGGUCUUGUUAUGAGACCGAAAAAGCGGAAUCCAGUUAAGGACAAUGCCAGCUCGCCCUUGGGCAGGACAAUGUCCGCAAGGAGACGCGAUACUCAAACUAGCAUCGGCAGUACGGAGACGGCCAAGAAAGUAGUUAUGCAAAGCCAAUAGCUGAUUUUGUUAAUUACAUCAGCCAUAACCCCUUUGCUGAACUAUGAAGGACCAUUUACUCCCUUCUGUAUGAUUUAUGGAAUAAAUCAAACUGGCAUAGCCAGUUAGACGCAGAAACGAUAUACUUUAACAACAUGUCCGAAUCACUUUCGGCCCUACCACUGCAAAUUUUGCAAAGACGCAAAAGCAUAACU